UGCCUAGGACUGGCCUACGCUGGGCCAUAAUGUAGAGGAGCCAAUAUACAACAACACAUUUAUUAGUAUAGCAACACUACUAACAGCUUGCCAAAUGCUAAUGUCAUGUCAAGUAUCAAAACGUCAGAUGAAUGUUUUGCAAUUUGAGCGCGAUUCUACGUUUAUAGUUUUUCGUGUUGUUAUAUUCUCCCUUAAUGUAAUUUUUAUACCAAUCUUAAGUGAAUCAACAUAGUGAUCAAAUAUAGCAACAUCUUGGAUUCGUUCAUAAUGACUCAAGGCGACUCUUCGAAAAACUUGCCUUGGGUUGAAAAAUAUCGUCCGUCUAAACUAGAAGACUUAGUAUCUCACGAUGAUAUUAUCAAAACAAUUAACCAGUUUAUGCAGGAGAACCAGUUACCACAUUUGCUUUUCUACGGCCCCCCUGGAACUGGCAAGACAUCUACAAUUCUAGCAUGUGCCAAACAAAUGUAUACUCCUCAGCAAUUCAAUUCUAUGGUGUUAGAGUUGAAUGCGUCAGAUGACAGAGGCAUAGGUAUUGUGCGAGGACAGAUACUGAGUUUUGCCUCCACUAGAACUAUUUUCAAAGCUGGGCCAAAAUUGAUAAUCCUGGAUGAAGCCGAUGCCAUGACCAAUGAUGCACAGAAUGCACUUCGCAGAAUAAUCGAGAAGUAUACGGAGAACGUGCGUUUCUGCAUAAUCUGCAACUACCUCGGCAAGAUCAUCCCGGCGCUGCAGUCGCGUUGCACGCGGUUUCGCUUCGCGCCGCUGCACGCCGCGCAGGUCGUGCCGCGCCUACGCGAAGUCGCAGCUGCUGAGGGUGUGGAUAUAUCAGAAGAUGGCCUAAAGGCGCUGCUCACACUCUCCGGCGGCGACAUGCGUAAAGUCCUUAACACGCUUCAAAGCACGUGGCUCGCGUACCGCCGAGUUACAGAAGACACUGUGUACACUUGUGUUGGACACCCGCUGCGGUCUGACAUCAACGCGAUUCUCAACUGGUUGCUCAAUGAGAAUGACUUCGCUGCGUGCUUUAAGAAUAUACAGGAUCUCAAGAUAGCAAAAGGCUUGGCUCUAAGUGAUAUAUUGACAGAAGUUCAUACGGUUAUACAAAGAAUGAAGUUGCCACCGGAGGUGCUCGUAUCCCUCCUGAUCAAGAUGUCGGACGCGGAGGCGCGCCUCGCCAGCGGCUGCAGCGAGCGCAUCGAGCUCGCCGCGCUCAUCGCCGCCUUCCAGGUAGCCCGGGAUCAAGUCAAACUCGACCAAGUGCAGGCUGAACAAUAGGUACUGUGAAUCUUGUAUUUUUAUUAAAUAAAUUUUAUAAAAAAACAUGA